CGCCCCCCGCUUCCGGUGCCCUGGAGCCCGGGGGCGGGGUUUCCGGGAGCGCGGGUGCUGUGGGGCCUGACGCGGCGGUGGAGCUGGGCCCCGCGGGGAGGGAGGCGGCACCGGGAUGAGCAGCGGCCGCCGAGGGAGCCCGGGGCGCCCGUGACAGACGCUCACUGCGCCCGCAGCGCGUCCUGCAGCUGGCAGCGCUACCCGGGUUCCUUGUCCUGCCCUGCAGAGGUGGCCGGGAGCUGGGGCACCAACAUGAACGACGUGUCAGUGGUCAAAGAGGGCUGGCUGCACAAGAGAGGGGAGUACAUUAAAACAUGGAGACCCAGGUACUUCCUUCUGAAAAGCGACGGCUCUUUCAUUGGCUACAAGGAGCGGCCGGAGACGUCCGAUCACAGCUUGCCGCCUCUGAACAACUUCUCGGUCGCAGAAUGCCAGCUGAUGAAGACAGAGCGGCCCCGGCCGAACACUUUCGUCAUUCGGUGCUUGCAGUGGACGACUGUCAUCGAAAGAACCUUUCACGUGGACUCUCCGGACGAACGGGAGGAGUGGAUGCACGCCAUUCAGACCGUCGCCAACAGCUUAAAGAACCAGGAGCCCGAAGAAGACACGAUGGAUUACAAGUGCGGCUCCCCCACAGACACCACCGGGGCUGAGGAGAUGGAGGUGGCCGUGACCAAGACCCGGGCGAAAGCAACCAUGAACGAUUUCGACUACCUGAAACUCUUGGGGAAAGGCACCUUCGGCAAAGUGAUCCUGGUGCGGGAAAAGGCCACUGGGCGCUAUUACGCCAUGAAGAUCCUGCGGAAAGAAGUCAUCAUUGCAAAGGACGAGGUGGCACACACGGUUACAGAGAGCAGAGUGCUACAGAACAGCAGGCAUCCCUUCCUCACGGCGCUGAAAUACGCCUUUCAGACCAACGACCGGCUGUGCUUCGUGAUGGAGUAUGCCAACGGCGGAGAGCUGUUUUUCCACCUUUCGAGAGAGCGCGUGUUCACGGAGGAGCGGGCCCGUUUCUAUGGUGCUGAGAUUGUGUCGGCGCUGGAGUACCUGCACUCCAGGGACGUGGUCUACAGGGACAUCAAGCUGGAGAACCUGAUGCUGGAUAAAGACGGCCACAUAAAGAUCACGGACUUCGGGCUUUGUAAGGAAGGCAUCACGGACGGCGCCACCAUGAAAACCUUUUGCGGGACGCCGGAGUACCUGGCCCCGGAGGUGCUGGAGGACAACGACUAUGGGCGGGCUGUGGACUGGUGGGGGCUGGGCGUCGUCAUGUACGAGAUGAUGUGUGGCCGCCUCCCGUUCUACAACCAGGACCACGAGCGGCUCUUCGAGCUGAUCCUCAUGGAGGAGAUCCGCUUCCCCCGCACCCUCAGCCCCGAGGCCAAGGCCCUGCUGGCCGGCCUGCUCAAGAAGGACCCCAAGCAGAGGCUAGGCGGAGGGCCGACCGACGCCAAGGAGGUGAUGGAGCACCGCUUCUUCACGGCCAUCAACUGGCAAGACGUGGUUCAGAAGAAGCUCGUCCCACCAUUUAAACCCCAAGUGACAUCUGAGAUCGACACACGAUACUUUGACGAUGAGUUCACGGCGCAGUCGAUCACCAUCACGCCUCCUGACCGAUAUGACAGCAUGGACUCCCUGGAGGCCGAUCAGCGGACGCACUUCCCCCAGUUCUCCUACUCCGCCAGCAUCCGAGAAUAGGCGGCGGCCGGCAGAGACUUGGGCUCCGAGCACAGGAGACCUGGUUGGUUUUGUUCCUGGGAUUUCUCUCCAGCAAUCUGGUCACACACUAGCCCGGCCCCCCGGAGGUGCAGGGGCAGCCCCGGCUGUUUGAACCUCUGCCAGUUUGGCAUCGCACGGCCGGGCGGGGAGCCGCCUGGAAAGGAAGGAAGUGCUCUUGCUCCGUGGCUCUGAGCAGCUCCGAGCCCUGGCUGGUUCAGUCCCAUGGGGUUGCUUUUAUUUUAAACUCCUCGAAGUGCUUACAGCUUUUAAAGACACCCCACCCCACGAGAGAACCCCUCUCGCAGCCUUCCUCCAGCGCCGAGGGCCCCUCGCGGCCUGCGGGCCAUAACCUACAACCCAGCUCCGGGGAGAGGUUCGUGGAGAGGAAUCCUGUGGAAUCGAAACUGACUCGCAUUUGCCCGUUCUGUCCAGAGAUUUCUGUUGGUUCUGGAGAGCGCCGCUGAGUGGCCCUGACGUGACUCGGCCUCUCCGCUGGGACGCACGGUAACCCUCCGAGCAGGCCGAGAGCCCGGCGGGCUGCUGUUCACUUCAUUGCUCCGUUAGCUCAGCUCCGGUGCACGAGGGACGCUGGUUCGCCAGCCCCAAGGUUGGGUUCAUGUUCCUGUUUUCUCUUCUGCCUGUUACAUCUUGACAGCCCUUCCUCGCACCUGCUGGGCAAGGGGCACCGCCAGAGCCGCGUGGAUCUCAGCGCGCGGGCGGGAGGGGCGGGGAGUCUGCUGGGCACCCGGAGGCCCAGCAGGGCUCCCACAGCACAAUAGCACUAAGGAAGAAGCCGGCUCUUUCCACGGGAAGUGACGUGUCAGGACGGGCGGGGUUCUCGCCGGGGAGAGCCGGCCCCAGCCCCCGGCGGUACCCGUGUACAACGCGCACAGUUGUAAAAGCAAUAACGUUUUUUCUUCAAAGCUGCCUUAAAGCUAGAAGUCGGCACGCUCGGCGCUGCGGUCAGUUCACGCCCGGCGUGCAGCAGGAUUUUAUACAGAACAACUGGGCGGCUACUAAACGCUGCAGCGCUUGGCUCCUUCCACAACUCCUGUGAGCCUCUCGCUCGCCAGCGCAGCCCCCAGACUUUGGGCUAGGCUUUUCCCGCAGCACGCGCCAAAGGCCCCGUUUCCCCAGCAGGACGCACCCUGCACUGUCACUGACGCUGCCGAGGGCUGGGGGGCGCCGCCCUGUCCCACCCAGCGCCAGUGGCUGGGCAGAGUGCAUCGGGCGCCGGAGACCGUUCCGAGUCGCGGGAGCUGAGCGCUCUUUCCCCAUUGUCACUAGGCUGCCGGCCCCUGGACCCCGCGGGUCAGACUCAAACGAUCUGAAACCAUCUGCAGCUUUGAGGGGCCGGGGGAGCAGCUGCCUUCUGCUCCUCCUGGCGUCCCAGAGCCCAGCGUGUCUCUGAGCUACGCCUGGGCCAUAAAUCGCAGCGAGCCGGUUGCCGUUCUGCCUGGGGUGCAGGUUCCAGCCCCGUUGUGCGGGUGAGGCGCCCUCAGGGCACGUGGCGGGGGACCCAGCCGCCGGGGCUUGCUGCAGCUGCUCGGACAGAGAACCUGGGCCACCCAGGUUUUCAGUCAGACACGUUGUGAUGGGAUAUUCUCGCCUGCUCUGGUGCCUGAGCCAAGCUGUGUCCCUGGCGUGCGGGGUCUUUUUCCCCAAGAUUUUCACUUCGGUCAGCCAGUUAGCCGUUAAUUCCGGGGGUUGGUUCCCCACGGUGCGGUUCCCUUGCAGGCAACGGACGCACUGGUGAACGGCUGACGCCCAAGACACCGCGUGGCCUGGUGGUUUGGGAACUAGCCGAUGAGGUCUGAUCUGAGGGAUGGGGGCCAGGGCUCUCGGGUACUCGGCUCUCCGUGCUGUGCGGUCAGGCCCCGGGAUUGCCGCCUCGGGGGUUGGCAUACCUGCCAGCUCUUCAUUUUUAAGCUCUUGAGUAUUUCUGCUGCCUUUACCUGUGUCUGAGCCGGCGCCGAACUGCGUCCCGGUCCUCUCCAGCUGCUCCUCGCCGAAGUCUCUGAAUCUCUCAGGGAGGGCGAGAGCCUCGUCCCAAGUGCCGGAGCCAGCCGCGCAGCCUGGCUGCGAUUUGGGAGAAAGACUUGCCACUGCUCGGCUGCCCCCCUGGAAAGGCGCCCGCGUUUCUGAGCCGCGGGCCGGACCGCAGGGCUGGGCCCCCUGUUCGCUGCAGGACCUGGGCUACUCAGCGAGGGGGUCCGCAGGGUUCAUACGCGGCAACGUCCCCUUAACCCUCCACCCCCAGAUACGGCUCCAGCGUUGCUCGCACGCGGGUACUUGGGCUGAAUUUGAGGCUCAGGCACUUGGCGCUCAGAGCCUUGUGCAGCAUCGGCCCGGGCGGGGAGGGGACGGGGGGUGGUUCUCGUGCCCUGUCCCCGCCUGUGACGCGCCCCUGGCAAUACUGGCACACGGGCUGGGGCAGGUUCCCCCUGCUCGUUCAGAGCACGCCGGAGAAUCUCGGCAGCGCCGGUCUGUCUCCUCCCGCAGCCCAGGGCUCUGGUGGGGGCCUGCGGAACGGCAGGUGCCCCCGAGCUGCCGGAGUUCAUCUGGGAACGGCCCUGCACGUGGGGCCCCAGGCAGAACUCAGGGGCCGGUUUUGUGCCCUGCCUCCGCUGGAGAGAAGCUAGUCUCCCCCCUGCGCAGCUGGGCCUGGGGAGGGGGCCCCCGCCAGGCGCGGGGCUGCCCCUAGGGUCCCAGCAGCAGGUUUAUCUCCGUUGUUCCCCCAGGGUUACACAGCUGGGGAGGAAACCCCCGUUUCCCAGUCCGGUGCCUUCAACCUCCCUGGGCUUCCCCCAGCUCUGCGUCAGGCCUGUGCGCAAGCGGCCGAGGCCAGUUCUGAAAGCACAGAACUCAGCUGGCAGCUUCGGCGUCCGGGGAGCAGCGCGUCACCCCCGUGCCUGCUCUGCUGGGCAGCCCCAGGCCGACCGCGCACAGACCGCUGGCUGCCGGGCGGGCGGCGCUGCCCGGGGUGGAGAAGCAUUUGCAGAUGCUGUCAAAGUGCUUCAUUGCUUGGCCUGUGUAUUUCACGCCGCAUGUGUCAGGGAGCCAGGUGGGACCUUAGCAAAGCUUUAAUUUAAAACCCAUGUGUCCCCCUGGGUUGCCUGUCUCUGGCCAGAUGGCCGGCUCCCCCGGGCGCGGCGCUUUGGGCGGGUGGCCGGCUCCACCGAGCGCGGCGCUUUGGGCUGGGUGGCCGGCUCCCCCGGGCGCGGCGCUUUGGGCGGGUGGCCGGCUCCCCCCGGGCGCGGCGCUUUGGCUGUUUCUCGCUGAGCCUUAAUGCCCAUUUGGCCUUUUGCUUGCUGCGUGUGGCUGGAAUUUCAUGAUGAUUCACCUGGCUCAGGUGCUGGGCUGCUGAGUCCUCCCCUCCCACCAGCACUACUGGGUUUGCUGCCCGUCCGGUGCCCUCCUGUGCCUCACCAAGCGUCAAGGGGUGAAGGGCCACCCCUCCCCGGCUGGCAGGGGCUGUGCCAGGACACGCUUCCCAUUGAGCGCUUCUCCUCUGCCCUGGUCUGCGGCCCAGCCCGGUGUCCACCCAGCUUUGAGGAUGGACGAACAGCCAGUGGGGCAGGAGCUUUCUCCCCCGGUGGGGCGGGAGGUUUUACUUUUGUGGUGCCGGGAGCCUCCCCCCGGGAGCCCCCAAUGCGAUGGGCACCUCGGAUGAAUGACGCAGACACUGCAGCUGGCACGGCUCCGCUGGCGGCCCCCGAGCUGACCUGUCACCAGCCUUGGAUUGUGAGUGAGAGCUGUGCCAUGGCGCUGGGGUGUGCCAGGAGCCGUCAGCGGCCCGGCCCCCUUCUCUUCGCCCUCUCGGAGCAGGGCGGGGUCCGGAUGCUUUCCCCGUUUCUGUAGUUGAACAGUUGAGGUGCAUUACGUAGACUGACACGUCCUCGUGGGUCUCCCCGACAGCGACGGGGGACAAACUUCUCCAAAGCUGGAUUGUGAAGCUUGGAAGCACGCGGCCCGGAGGCCGGGCGCGGAUACUUGAUUCGCUCUGUAAGAUAAGGGGUGUGAGUUCGGAUGUUCUAGCUUUGCCUAGUACCUGGCAGGUGAUGUUCCUGGAGUGUUUUGGUUCUGUAAAUCUGUCCACGCCGCGCUCACCUGCGCCCUUGGAUUUGUACGGUACAAGCAAUAAAACGUUUUUUGGA